UUUCUUUCAGAUGUGAAGAGUGAUUCAUGUUUGGAUAUAGAAAUAACGUCCUCGACAUCAAAAGAGCGACUGACAGCACAAAAUCUGCACAAACAGACAUUCAGCUCACAGAGACAUUUAGAGAGACAUGAGAGAAAACACACAGAACAUGAACGCUUCACCAGAUCUGAGAUCAGUUUUACCAACUUACAAGAGAAGAAACUUCAUGCAGAAGACCACCGAAAGAAGAAGAAGAAGAAGAAGCAGCAGUUUCACUGUGAGCAGUGUGGGAAGAUUUGUGUCUCUUCCUCUAAACUAAAUGAUCACAUGAGGAUACACAGUGAUGAAAAGCCUUUCAACUGCACUGAAUGUGGAAAAUACUUCACAAUCAAACAAAAUCUUGAUAUUCAUCAGAGAAUUCACACAGGAGAAAAACCUUACGAGUGUCCUCACUGUGAGAAGAGAUUUAGCUGUAAACAUAAUCUGAAGAGACAUGUGCUUUUACACACCAAUGAGAGACCGUAUCAGUGCAGUGAAUGUGGGAAAACCUUUACGGAUUCGCGUUCAUUAAAAUCACACCAGAAUAUUCACAUUAAAGAGAAAUUCUAUCAGUGUUUACACUGUGAUAAAUGUUACGGUCAUAAAUAUCAGCUGAUAAUCCAUGAGAGACGUCAUACUGGAGAGAAACCUUACGUCUGCGCUCACUGUGGAAAGAGCUUCUCUAAUUCACCUCAAUUCAGAGUCCAUCAGAGAGUUCAUACUGGAGAGAAACCUUAUCACUGUAGUGUCUGUGAGAAGAGUUUUAGUGUAAAGCAUACAUUACUAAAGCACAAGAGAAUUCAUACAGGUGAAAAACCUUUCAAAUGCUCUCAGUGUGACAAGACGUUUGCUUGUUCAAGUAGCUUAAAAAACCACGAAAGAGUUCAUUCUGGAGAGAAACCUUAUUACUGUAGUGUGUGUGGAAAGAGUUUUGGACAACGGGGUACAUUACAAAAUCACAAGAGACUUCAUACAGGUGAAAAGCCUUUCAAAUGCUCUCAGUGUGACAAGACUUUUUCUAAGUCAGAUCACUUAAAAUCUCAUCAGAGACUUCAUACUGGAGAGAAAUCAUAAAGGAACAGUAUGUAAGAAAUUUAUAUAAAUGAAUCAUAAAAUGGCCCUGAUAUAUCACUAGACAUUAAGAAUUAAUUUUCAUUUCAAAUAUUUAUAUCACUGACAUCAGUGGCCUGGCAAGGAUAUUGUCAUUUAAAAAGUGGAUUUGCAGUCCUCAACUGAUGUUUAUGUUGUCAUGUUGCAUAUUGGCCACUAGUUGUGUGAUUGCAGUACCAGUUUUAGCUACAAGGUCUGUGAUUGCAAGAUUGAAAGGUCACGUUUUCCUAAUGCUAUUUUUAAAACCCUAGUUAGAGUGUAAUGUUGCUAUAACAGCAUAAAUAAUACUUGUAAAAUGAUAAAGCUCACUGCCAGGCGAUAUAUUUUCUUUAACAGAAUUCGCCUUUCAAAGCUUACAGCGAACGGCCGGUUUGGACUACAGACCUCUACUUCCUGUUUUAAUGACUACAAUAGAACAGUUUUUGACUAAACCCCGCCCACAGGAAUAUGUCAGUCGCCAGCUAAGCUAACGGCAAGGUAAUCAGCCUGUUUUGAAGACAGUGAAAACAGCGCUAUACAGAUAAGUAAAUUAUGUGACCUCUAAGCACAAGAGAUUCCAUACAGGUGAAAGACCCCUUAAGUGUGACAAGACGUUUGCUCUGUCAAGUCACUUUCCUUCUGAAAAAAAAAAACAAUAAAACCUUUACAGAAAUUCAUAAUGGUUUCAUUUAAAAUACCAAAAAGCACCCUUAGCUUUUACCAUUAAAGCCACUACAAAAUAUCAUCCUUUGAACUAAUUUCCUUUGACCGAACAUCUUAAACUAGCAGCGUCUGCGGCCCACGUGAUGACCUGACAUGAUGUCGGUGCCUUAAAAUUAGCGGUUUAGGUGCCAAGGGGUUAAAAACUGUAUGUGUGUAUGUGUCCGGUAGCAAACAAACUGUUCAUAACUACAAUAGUGUUAAUAAAAUAUGAAAAACGACAUGAAUUAACACAUUUAUCAUUGUUAUGUCACAUUUAUCUCUUUUAAGAACUCGUUAAUUUUAUAUUGUGUGCUAUUUGAUUUUUCUAAUUGGUUUUAAAGUAUUUAUGUCAUGGGACCACAAUGUCAUUAAUUGUUCAUUAACUUUGAUUGGUAUAGAACAUGGCCGGGUCUACAGGGGGCUGGGAGGGGCAUUGCCCCCCAUAUUUUCCUUCUGCCCCCCAAAAAAUGUCCAGCCAACCUUAAAAUAACGGAGUCUCUUUACACAAAAAAACAUCUUCUUUUGGCAAGCGCUAGCGUUUACAGAUUCCGCCCACUAUCGUCUGAUUAGCUUAUUCAAACCUUUGAAAUUUUUUCAGCAGUAUUUAAGUCACAGGAAAAGUACUACUGUUCUCUAUGACGGUUACUAAAAAAAACGCAUCUUUAAAAUAUAUAUCAAAAACAAUGCAAUUUAGUAUUACAUAAACGUAAUAACCCAACACAUAUUAAAUUUAAAAAAAUUAUAUAGUAAAACAUGCCCAAAAUAGCCCCUCAUCCUUUCUUAGACUCACCUCAUUAUGCAAAUACAACAGCCAAUGGCAAGUCUCCAGCAGCAUUUAAUGUGUUUGUUUUAGACGUAGUUCUGUUUAUUAAAAUUAGAAUAUGCAGUUUGGUUGUGGCAUACUAUAUAGUAGAUAUAAAUGAUAUAAGAUGGUUAUACAGUAAAUAUACAGUAUUGUAACAGCUGAGCAUCGGGUGCAGUGCAGUUUUAAAAUCAAAUUUUAGCGGUUUUGUCAUCGUCAUUCAUCAGCUCAUUCAGCUCGCGUUUGAGAAAAAGUUUUACACGCAAAAUUCUACAGACUUUUAAGUUCAAGAGGAGCUUUCACUGCGCAAGGUCAUCGUAAGGUAAAACGAUGUAUUUUAUAAUGUUGCAUUGUAUUAUAAUAUCUAAUUUGCUGUGUUAUGAACAAAGCAGUGUGAUUUAUCUUUAGUCUCGUCACAAAUCACACUUACAGUAUUUUAGGGCUUGCGCUUUUGUCUGGUGCUGUUAUAGGCAAACAGGAUAACCUGUGACGAAUUUGUCAUGCAUGUCAAAUUGCUUACAGGAUGCAACAAUAUAUUAUUUAAAGCAUUGUGCUUUGUUGUGAUAUUUGAGGUUGCUGCAGCAGCAUGAUAGGGUCAGGAAUUAAUGACAAUACAGCUUAUCACAUAUAUCACAUUGAAAAUACAUUAUUUUAAAUGAAGAAAAUGUUUGAGAAGUGGAAAUAAAGCAUCUACUUUUAAAAUUUGAAUGUGCAAAAUGACAUAUAAAUUGCCUUUUAUUAUAAGACAUGCAAAGUAAUAUUGGAUUGAGACAUCCAUAAUUUUAGUGUAUGAAUCAUUUUAGUCGAGAAAUGGCUGCCCACCCAAAAAUCCUGACUGCCCCCCCAGUCCAGCAAGCCUAGUACCGGGCCUGGUAUAGAAACACACUGAGAAAGAAACUGGGCUGGUAAAUUAAAGUUUACUUAAUUAUUCAGUAUUUUGUCAGUCUUUCAUUCUUUCUAGGAAAGUUAAAGGACCUGUUAUUGCAUUGAGAGCAUCUUGAACAGAUGUGUGAUAUGGUAGCACAAUAGAAAUGAACUGCAAGAGCUUGUAGAGAGGAGUAAAGACUGCUGAGAGGAACACCAAUAUAUUUUGAAUAUACGUUGCAUACUUGAUAAGCUUGUCACAUUUUUACUGCACAUAAACCAUAUAUUGUAUAACAGCUUUCAUUUUACUUCAUUAUUAUGACGAUCACAGUUGAAUGUAAUGUGGUAAUAAAAAAGGAAUUGUACAGGUUUAUGAAAAUAAAGGUUUUAAACUUCAACUGCACAUUUCAUUUGCAUAUUCAAGAGGGAAUAGUUUAAAAUAAUUUAUUUAAUUCCUUAAAAAACAUAUAAUCUUAAAACGUAAGUAAUGUGAUAAAAAUUAGAAAAUAACGUACCUGAUAGAAAAAAAACUUUUGCUACUGUAUUUGUAUAUAGCCAUGUAUAAGGGAGAAUAAGUUAACCUGACUAUACAUUUAGGUCCUAUAAAUAAAGCUUAUGACUAAAAAUAGGUCGGUAUCUGAUUUUAAAAAAAAACUUACUUUAGCCUACUAGGACUAAAAUCAAGAUCCACCCUCCAUUCAGAUGGCCAUCCAUACGCUUCCUCCAAAACACAUGAACAGACCAGACGUUCACAUUUCAUGUCUCAUUCACCAGUGAGAAGCCUUUCCAAAGUGAAUAACAACAUAAACAACUGUUUGAAAUCAGAAUAAGAUAUAGCACGUUUUCGGUUGUGUAGACGUAGUAGUUUGCUUGUAAUUUUGAAAACAUAAAUAUUGUUACGCUAAUUCUUAAAGGUACACAAACUACAAAAGCAACAUAGUAGCUAUGUUUACAUGCGUAAACACCUUAAUCAAUACGAUUCAGUCCGAUUGGAUGCAAAUUAAAUUUUAAUAAAUUAAUAAAUUAAGUUGUUUCAAAAGAUGUGUUUCGUUUUGUGGCUCAUGUGCAGGUUGUCAAUUCAGCAGGAAAGUUUGUUGCUUCUGUUUACAGAGUGGACGUGAACACGCUGAUGACGUAUGAUGUGUCCGCCUGGUCUCUGGGCAUUAAUUAGGUUAUUUGCCCUCUAAGGUGGUUAUUACCGGAAUAUUAAACAGUGCAUUAUACAGUCUGCCAAACAUGUUUUUUUUAUAAUAAUUUUAUUAAUUAAAAUCAGUAUUUUAAAGUGAUAAUCAUGUCAAAUGAUAAUCAUCAAGUGUUACUACAUCAUUCUAAAGUAAUUACUUCAAUGGGAUCAAUAUUCUAUAGUGAAGAUCAUAGUUACCAACUAGUUAUUCCUUUAGAAGGAUGUAGUAACACUUGAAUUAUAUUCAUAGGUUUUUAUACUUAAAUUUACUGUCACAUCUGUCUCGCGUGCACAAUCUCUCUCCCUGAAUGUGUACACAGAUACAAAGAGAUGACAGUAAUUUAUGAAAACCUGAAUAUAGCCCUUACGAAAAUGGUUUUACAGAAAAAAGAAACAUGGUUACUGUAGUAAAACACAAUUUAAUUUUAAAAAUCAUAUUUAACCCUUGACUUGUGUAGUAAAAUCAUGGUUUUGCUGAUAGUAAUCACUACACAAAAACCAUGGUUAAUACACUGUUACCAUAAUAAAACAUGUUUAAUAAAGGGA